GUCAUUCGGCCACAUCAAUUUUUCAUCUUUAUAAGGUGUUUUUUGGGAAAAUCCAAUUUCCCUUCCGUAUUUUCCAUCCGUUCACACAGUUUGUUUGUUUAACAGUUUGUUCCGUGACUCAUUAUCCACGGGAAAGCAUCAAAACGUUUUGAUAAAGUAAAUAUUUUAUGUUGUGUGCUAAGCAAAAUUGAUUUUAUUUCAUUUUAAAUCAGUGGCUUUUUGAUAACAAUAGCUUAUAAUCACUUUGAGUGUGACGCAGUUCCACAAAAUCUACAAAUUGGAUAUGCCAUAAUGUGAAAGUGAAUUAGAAAAGUUUUUGAGCAAUGGAUGAGAGUAUUAAGAACUCCCCUUGUAAGGAGUGCAAUGAUGGAGAGGGCCUGCAGCUUCAUGCAGAAGUGGAGCAUCUGCGGCAACACCUUUCUGAACGAGAUGCACACAUUGUAGCACUCGAGGGAGAAUUCAUCAAGUGCACAGCAAGAGCUAAUAAUUUUGAAGAACAACUCAAUACUUGGAGGGAAAAAUAUGAAAGAUUGUAUGAUUCGCACAAAAGGGUACAAAAAUUGAAUCAAGUCUUAGAGGAUAAACUUCUGCAGAUGGUAGACAAAAUGAAAAGUGAAAAGAGUCAGCUGACAAAAGAUAUUGCUACUUUAUCUGUGAGAUUAGCUGAAUCCAAGCAUAAUUACAGUAUGCUUCACAAGGAGAAUGAAAGGUAUAAAAAUGAUAUGAAUCUAGCCAUCCAGCUGUUGCAGUGUAAACCUGAUAAUUUUGUUUCACAUAAAUUGGAUAAUUUACCCGUUGACACUCAAGCCCGAGUCUCACAAUAUGUAAUGUCCAAAACAUCAAAGCCUUCAAGCUCAACGCAGUCAAGAACUGGUAAUGAAGUCGAAACGUUUGACGCUAGUGAGUAUGAAUUCAAUAUAUCGGCAUCAUUGAUGACUAAAAUUUUGGAAGACAGCAUUCAAGAUACUGUCACCAAACAUUGUGACACCUGCACUUGUAACAAAACUAAGAAUAAACCAUUUUGUUACAAUGAUAGUCAUUACACUGUUUCCACUCAGACUGUAUUGAGCGGUGAAAUGACUAAAUCCUGUUUGAAUUGCAAUGGAGAUGUGAAAUCUUUACAUUCGAACUUGAGUAUUAAAAGUACUUCGUCUAUUCCAUACAAAGUUGUUACUGAAGAAUCGACAAAACAUAACUUAAAUGUUCCUUUAUAUGUACUACCUCAGAAUCCAGACUUGUAUACACAUAAUGAUGCAGUCAUUAUUGAAGAAACCAGAGGUAACAGUGUUGAUAGUGACAAAUUUAAAAUAGAUGGUAAAAGUGUGACUAGUAUGACUGAAGUAAUUGCUCAAAAAGAAGUGUCAAUCUGUGUUGAUGAUGUGAAAGUUAUAAAAAAUAACAACGAAAUGCACAUAGAGCCUGCAGUGCACCACAAACUUUGUGAUCGCACAAAAUCGAUAUCCAGUAAGAAAAGCAGCAUUCAUAGCGCAGGUCAUGAAGAUUUGCUUGUUAUCAAAGAUAACAUUCCACUUAAUAUAGAGAUCCCUUCGAAAACUGAGAAUAAAUCCUUAGAUAAUGCCAAUAUCCGAAAGAACUCGCACAGUUCAAUGGGUGCUAUCAGUAGAACUUCUUCGAUUGCUAAAUCCACAGUGAGUGCGCAAAAAUUGAACACUCAAGUAGGACCAGGUCCCAGGUUCUGCCAUUUGCGGAUGCAGGCAGGAUCGAAAAAUAUUCUUCUGGAUAAUGUAGAACCGGAUGUUCCCCCCAUACUUUACACGCGUCAAAGCAAAUGCAAUGAAAACUCUUUGUUUAAAGACCUUCAUGAUGAUGCAGAUAACUUUAUAGAUUUAAACAAAAACAAUGGCAAGGAAAAUCAAAAAAUCGACAACCUAGUUGUGGAGAGCACACUCAUUGAUGUUCAUGUUGAUAACAAUAACAAAGAAAAUAUUAUCACGAAAAAUACAACAAUUAAUCCUAUUUUAUUAAACGUAUCAUCUUCGCCACUACAGCCAAUGAAAACUCAUAAUUUUUCGAGCACCUCGGAAAACAAUAACAAUCAAUCCCAAAGUAGUCAGCAAAAUAUUGCGGAAAUAAAUAACUUGCUCAAUGACUUCAAUGUUGAUGUGAACAAUACGCAAAACGAUAUUCAUGAAACUGACGAUAAAGACAAAAAUUCAGACGAAAUUACUCCGAGUGACACUCAUGAUGUGAAAAUAUUCAAUUUUGAUCGAUACGAACAGAAAAAGUUAUCGAAUCAGUUCAAUAAAUCGCUUCGAAAAAUCGACAUGUCUCAGCUUCAUUCACUAGAGAAUACGAAGAUAUCUAAAGAUUUGCCACCUCAAGGUGAUGCUUCUGAGGUGGAAAAGAAACCAGAAACCAAGAAGGCAGCCCUUCCACCGAUAGUCAAUGUGUAUCCGAACUUAACACAAACACAUUUGAAAGCGAAUGAAACAAGAAAGGCUUUUACAAACGAACACAGUACAAGUUCGCUGUCCAGUGACGACAGCGCGGCCCUGCUUCAGAAGCAGCAGUUAUUGAGAGUGGCGGAAUGGGUGGAGAAAAAUCUAGAACAACAUAACAAUUUCAAUGAUCCCUUGGAAGAGGACGGUGCUACUAGCAACCGCGCAGGAAAGCGGGAAACCAAUCUGAGUAGACUGACGGAAACUCUUAAUGAACUUGCGUUGAACAUGCCACAUCCAGUCAGCAAAUAUUCCAAAGCAUUCCUCAAAGAAUCUCAAAAAGCAAUGGUACAUAACAAAUUAUCGACCAAUGAGAAAAUAAAAAAGACGGCAUCGCCAAACACUGUCAUCGUAAGCAACAUCGUUAAAGAGACAAUCUUCCCAGUUGAGAUUGGGGGUCCCACCACCGAAAUUUGUAAAGACAAUUCGAAAAACAAAACCAACGUUGACGAAUACGCCAAAGAACUUAAACGCAGUUUCAAAAAGGAAGUCAAUAAAGAUAUUUCACCCGAAGAUUUGGCGAGGAUGGAGUAUAACGUGAAGAAAUUUUUAUUGAGCGGCCCUCACUGGGUGAAUCCGGCUUCAGACGCUAGGAGCCGGCGCACAAGUAGCAAAACUGAGACUGAUGUAUAAUUCUGCUGUAGUUAGAUGCGAUAAUAUGGCGGCUCCACGCUUAUCUGAUUAGAAGGGCAACUGGUAGUAUGAUUCUCAGGCGGAGGGGAUCUUUGAGACAUCAUUACUUUUAAUUGGGAUUCCCCUUAUUGUCUUGUAUGUUGUAUUUCGGUAUGUUUAACAGGAAAUACAAUAGCUUGGGGCAGUUUUGAUACAUUUAGGCUACUUUUAAUUGGCUUCUCCAUCGCGAAAGUGGGAGUGGCCAUUACAACGCAUUCCAUUUAUCAGUUGCUGUGACACACACGUGCCCCACGAUCGACCACCUCGGAUCCCGAUUUCAUAAUAAAAUCGAGAGCAAAUUAUUUCCGAUACUAGUUCCUAAACGUGAAUGUUUGCAAAUGAUAUUUUAAAAUGGAUUUAUUGAUACUAGUCUUUGCUGUGGUUUAAUUUAUAAGUAUUUAUCCAACCGUGUGUGCUAUUGUUAGAUUUAAGUACGAUUUCAGUUCAGGUUUAGAUUGAUAGAUAUAUAAUAUGUAUUUGACGUAUAGUAAAUAUUGUAACGCAGAAAUUGUAAAGCACAAAAUUUUGUAGCUUACUAAUUUUAAUGUACUAUUGAUUAAUUAGAAUUGUUUGCGUAUUUAAUUGGUGUUUAAAAGCUCGUUUAGAGUAGUCAGUAUUCUAGGAUCGAUGCUUUAUGAGACGGUUACGGUAAUCUUGGAUUUGUUCAGAUCUGAAUUUUGAAAUUUAGAUAAACACUGCUGGGAUUGAUAUAAUGGAAUAUUUUUGAUGUAUUUGUAGCGUUUAUAGCUAGCUGAAUAAGAUAUUAUUCCAAUUUGUUUAUUAAGAGCCUGUUUUACAAUUACGAUGUUGUUUUAAGUGCUCAAAAACGGGCUCACCUGGUUUUAAGUAAUCACUAGUUUUUAUAUUAGACAUCAAUCAAAUCGUGUGCGCCCAUUUUCAGAUAUGAAAUCGAAGUUUCAAUUUUAGUGUAUAACCGCUGGAUCCUUUAAAAACGCAUUACUGCUUAGCGUCUUAAAUGAUGAGAAUUGUGUUUCGGACUCUAUACGUCGCAGAAUAAAAGUCUGACUUUAAAACAGUUUUUUUAUUAUAAAACUUUUUUAUGUAUAAAGAUACAAGUUAUAUCAAUCAUAAAACUUUCAUUAUUUUACUUUCAUUACAAAAUAUAAUUUUCUUAAUUUAACCACAUUAACAAUUGAUGGCAUUAUCUUCGAUUGUUUAAAACAUAGACGCAUUUAUUUUAUGGCAACAUUUUUAUACUCUGUAAUUUUAGAAUAAGUCUUUUAUGAUUUUGUAGUUGUGUUGUGAUUAUUGUGAAUAUAUUAACUAAGCUUCACUGUGUAUAAGUGGAGUUUUGUUUUGAUGAAAUUAUACUCAAAAAACGAUAUAUGAGUCGUCUAUUAUCAAAGGUGGCAAUCUGUGCAUUUGGACAAAAAAAUGUUAUUGAUAUUAUUAUGUCAAUACAGAUUGA